AUGGCUACCGCGCGCGCAGCUCACGCGUUAACAGCGCUCACCUGCGCGCUUAGCUCCUUAGCCAUCCUCGCCGCCAUCCUCUUCACGCUCCUCCUGCUGAUCGCUGGUCCCUUGCAGCUGCGUGUCCCGACCAGCUACGCUGUGGUCGACUGCGCCACGCCGCCGACUUCCUCGGACGACAGCGCUGCUGCCUUCCGCGACAGCCUCCUGCCACUCCUGGCCGCGCUACCCGCAGCUGCCGCGCCGACGGGGUUCGCGACCCUUCAGUCCGGCGCCGGGGCGUUUGCCCGCGGCUUCUGCCUGGGCGGCUCUGCGCCGAGAGAGUGCCUCGCGUGCCUCGCCGCGGGCGCCAAGAACCUCACCGGCUGCGGCGCCAGCAGGCGCGCCGGUGUGUGGAGGGCCGAGGGCUGCUUCCUAUCCUACGCCGACGACAAUACCUCCUCUGCGUACGAGGAAUCUUUCCUCCAGGUCGUCUACUACGGCGAGGAAGUCUUACCCCCCGACAUCUCCUUCAGUGCGGACACUUCCGACCCCGACUGCUUCGAGCCGCGGAGGCUCGUCGCGCUCGCGGAGUCCCUGGCGCGGCCAACAGCUCGGGCGCGCGCGUCGUCACCGACGCGGCCGCACUCUCGAGCAACGCCACUGGGAAUAAGAACAACAGGCUGGUGGCUUGACGGCGAGUAUGUUUAUGUGGCCGCCGACGUGGUCGGCUACAACUGCUUCCUACGGAUCGAGGCUACAGUUCCUACAGUUCUGCGCCUGGCGAAAUAUAUGAGUGAGCAGUCCUUCCUCUUCCCGAUUCUUGGAAGUUCAUAUGGGAGGACAUCUUCUGAAAGGAGACAGCAAAAUUGGGAACGGACGCCAUCAUGA